UCAAUCGGUACUGAGUGCAUGAGUAGUGUCCACGCACGAGUAUGAUGGACGAGAGGAUGGUGUAGGUGAACAGCAGGACGGCCCCAGCGUGUCGUGGCUCUCUAUGGCGUUGGUCAGCGCCUCACUAAAGUCGCCAAGAGCCGCGUAGAAGCUGCACAACACAACAAGACGGACAGAGGUAUGUGUCCCUUUCCUCUGUGUGUUCCCAUGAGGUCCCAUGCGCACAGAGUGAGUAUGGCUUUGGGGAAGGAGCCGAAGUACUGGUGGUCUUCGUCGGACGAGAGGAGGGUGAAGACGCCCGCGAAGACCAGCAGGAUGUAGACGUACAGACACAGAAACAUGCUGAUGUCCGAAAACAUCCUCACAACCGCACUGACACAUACACACAGCACACACAGCAUGAGACACCCCUCUAUGGCUGUGCAGAUGCCUUCCUCACUAACAGUAUGAGUGGUCCCACGGCUGGGUGAAGGCUGGCGGUUUGGAGGAGGCGCAGCACAAAGAGCAGCGCGACGACUAUGCCCGAGCUGACCUCCGCCUCCGACGACCACCCAAUGAAGUGGAUGGCGAUGAAGAUCGCGAUCGACAAGGAGGUUCCUGCGUCGAGUCGGUUCCUGCAUGAAUAUGCCCAGACCGACAGCACACAAACAAAUGGAGCCCCCAGCACACUUGGCUCUGCCAUCCUGCCUUCUACCAUGAGUCGGUCCAGUACGCUGUCUUCAGACGGAUGCCCUGCAGACACACAUGAAGCAUGAUGCGUGUCGUCGCUUCUCAGCCAUGUCUCCUCUCGUCUGCCUGUCUUACUUGGAAGAUUUCUGAGUCAUAAAGCCCGCGCCCGUCAGCACCGAACCCCACAGCCACACCAACGGCCACACCCCCGGCAGCAUCACGUCGCUGUCUCCCUUGAUCGAUUCGAUGUGCAGCAGCACAAAGGCCACCCUGACAACACACACAGAGAAGAGAUGCCAUGUGUCUCUCUGCCUCCAUCGUGGUGCAUGUCUGCCGUCUUACAUCAGCAGCAUUGACAGCACUCGGGUAAUAAACACAUCACGGGGUGUAAGCUGAACAAAGUUGAACGCUUCAAGUAUCACAGGUGGUAGUUGCCAAUGCUUUGUGACGAGAGAGAUGCAGUUGGCUGUCACGAUCAUUCGCAGCAGGGAGAAGGAGGAGACAUAAUCGGACUGAAGACAGAAAGGGGGAAAUCUCUCGUGUGGCUUACCUUGGGUGACAACAGUGAGCGGUUCCGCAGACUCGAGCAGCGCAAACCACUCUCUCUCUUUGCCUUCAAAUGACUGCUCGAAGUCCCCUAGCAUGGUAUCGCUGCAGAACUUGGCUGUGAGAGCCUGAACCGAUUGAGUGGCAAUCAAAUGCAGAAAUGGAAGUUAGUGUGUGUAACAGUUGGGGAUUGUUUACUUCCACCCAGCCUGCCGUCUUCUCAAAGUCACUGCACGCAAAGGGGGGGAAAAAGACGCAGAUUCUCAUUGCCUUGUUCCGAUUAUCUCUUGAUCUCACUCUGUCAGGGAGUCUUUCUGCCGAGACUUAACCAAUCCACGGAACUUAGAGCACCAGCGGAGACCGACGACGCCCAACGAGUAAGACCGUCUCAGGCGCUCUCCAAUGCCGCGUUUCACGAUGGGAAACACUUUGGGAAAGAUCUCUGGCUGUGACAUCUUGUUAAGGCUCUCGCUACUUUUUUCGAGUCGCUCGAUGACCGCACCUCCAGCCGCGGCAAACAUCGCGGCGAGGGCCUUCGCCUGCUUUUUAUCGAGAUUGUUGAUGGCAAGAUCGAGAGCCGUCCUUCCAGUCUGUAGGAAUCACGACCAAGGACAGUUCCAGCACAUGUGUGCGACUCGAUAGGCGUAGUGUAGCCUACUUUGCCUUUGAUCUUCCACAGCUGUGGGUUCGCCGUCAACAUCACCUCCACCACAUCGUCACGCACCUCAAACAACAUCUCCAUGCCCGAACACUUGUCUGAGAAGCACACAGAAGCUACGUGCUGCACCAUGUGUCUGUGAUGCCAAGGGCGUAAUGGAUGGCAGACCCCAUCCCGCCCCACUCUCCAGUUGUCAGCACUUUCUCGACUUGAUGAGGCGACAGACGAGCAAGGAUCCUCCCCAGGGACUCCCCAUCCCAU